AUGCCGGACGGCAGCAAUGGUGAUGAGGGGCGGUGGCGGUCCGCGUGCUACAGUCCGACUUGUAGUAGACUGAUGCCGGACGGCAGCAAUGGUAAUGAGGGGCGGUGGCGGUCCGCGUGCUACAGUCCGACUUGUAGUAGACUGAUGCCGGACGGCAGCAAUGGCGAUGAGGGGCGGUGGCGGUCCGCGUGCUACAGUCCGACUUGUAGUAGACUGAUGCCGGACGGCAGCAAUGGCGAUGAGGGGCGGUGGCGGUCCACGUGCUGCAGUCCGACUUGUAGUAGACUGAUGCCGGACAGCAGCAAUGGCGAUGAGGGGCGGUGGCGGUCCGCGUGCUACAGUCCGACUUGUAGUAGACUGAUGCAGGACAGCAGCAAUGGCGAUGAGGGGCGGUGGCGGUCCGCGUGCUACAGUCCGACUUGUAGUAGACUGAUGCAGGACAGCAACAAUGGCGAUGAGGGGCGGUGGCGGUCCGCGUGCUGCAGUCCGACUUGUAGUAGACUGGUGCCGGACAGCAGCAAUGGUGAUGAGGGGCGGUGGCGGUCCGCGUGCUACAGUCCGACUUGUAGUAGACUGAUGCCGGACAGCAGCAAUGGCGAUGAGGGGCGGUGGCGGUCCGCGUGCUGCAGUCCGACUUGUAGUAGACUGAUUCCGGAGAGCAGCAAUGGCGAUGAGGGGCGGUGGCGGUCCGCGUGCUACAGUCCGACUUGUAGUAGACUGAUGCCGGACAGCAGCAAUGGCGAUGAGGGGCGGUGGCGGUCCGCGUGCUACAGUCCGACUUGUAGUAGACUGAUGCCGGACAGCAGCAAUGUAGAUGAGGGGCGGUGGCGGUUUCGCGUGCUACAGUCCGACUUGUAG